CACUUCUCUCUGCACUAUUUCCCCACUAAGAAUCACAGCCUAUCCACCCCCAAAGCUGCUACUGGACCCAACUGGAAAAACUUAAGAGCACACAGAACAGUGCCCUGAAGUUUCUCAAGCAAGUCAUGGUUCCCCUAGCCCCCUGUUUCCCAUAGACUUUAAUGCCUCACCAACUAUGAAUUUGCCAAUUGUGAGGUUUUGCCAGAAUGGAACCUUAGCGGUUGGUGAGGAAUGAUUGUACAAAGAUCCUGUGAAACCUGCUUCAUCAAAUGCUAUUAUAGAAACACUGCAUCUAAAAUUUUCACAGAAACCAUGGAAGGAAACCAUGAAACUUGUUCGUCUUUGCUUGGACAAACCGCGUAUGGCUACUUCGACUGCUGCAUCAGACUGUCCUUUAACUACUUGCCUGGAAAAAAUGCAAAGAGCCUUAAAUGCUGAAUCUUUAUCUACUGUGAUGAACAGACUGGAAUUUUUAUCUAAACAAAAGGGACUUAACUCUUACGUUGGCCCCAAUGGGACAGCUUGCUACAUAACGUCUGAAAUGUUCUAUAUAGAAAUCAAUUUGGAGACUGAUGGAAACGUGAAAGAUGUCAAGGUGGCUCACCCUGGAAAAUCUCCUCUGACCUGUGCAGAUCUGUUGCAGCUUCUAAGAGCAAGAAAUUAUGAUGCCUUUGGAAAGAUUCUGGAAAAACUGUUAAAUCUUUACCAGAUUCCAGGAAGCAGUGAAACAAAAAUGAACAUAUAUAUUGCCUUGAGCACUUUGGAAAAAGACCUGUUCUCACUGUCUGCCUUAAACAGGUUGCCAGGGAUGGACAGAGUUGCUGAAAUACUUUAUGGGAAAGUUGGUUAUCUUAGACCAAGAACUGGAGGAAUCCCUAUGAGCCUUGAAUUUUGGCUGUCACCGUACCAAAUUUUAGAAGAACAGCUCAACCCAGGCCAGAUGUGUGGCAUGAAGGUGUUCUUAACAAUGGGAGUGUCGGAUGCAAAACACACUUUUCCUCUAGCUCCCUUACUUGUGAAUCCCGUGACUGGUGACGAUGGCAGUCGUAACUUCUUGCCCCUGACGGAAGUGGUCUGUGUGGAUUUAUCAGCUUGCUUUUUCCUGAAGUUUUGGCGCCCUUUCCCUAUGUUUUUGUCCAGUAUUCAUGAGCUACAGAAGCUUACAGGGAUUCCAAUGGAUAAAUUGAAGCCAGCCCCUCUACAUGAGUUGAUAGUUCAACAUGCCCUUUCAGAAAAAUGCAAGGAUGACCUGACAAUGAACAGUUCUUUCAUCGUGUCUCUUCCAGAUUGCCAAAAGCACAGCUAUUUCAUAGAUAACACCUCCAAAAGAUCUGACUUGACUGGAGCAAUAGUUGGUCAACUUCCAUUCCUGCACCCAAAAUGUGUGCCUGACAUGAUUGAAAUUCUCCGGCACCAAGCAGCAUAUAACACCCUCAUUAGCAGCUGUACGUCUGCAAAUAUUGAACAUGAAGAUUCAUCAGAGCUACUUUAUUUUGAAGUGUCUCAACAAAAAUUUGGCAGCUUUUCAAUUACAUUCAAGCAUCCUUUGGAGGAAAACUUGGCCUGUGGUAUGUCGAGAGAGGAAAAUGUGGUAAUCAAUGUCUUGAGCUCAAGGGAAGUUGGGUGUACUCUUCAUACAGUUUCUGACGAUGGGGCCUUAAACUGCAGCAAUGAUUUCCUCACAAAAGUUCUGAAGAGAUGCAUGUCUGUCCCAGUUCUCAUGCGGGCAAUUUUCAAGAAACUGACCCAACAAAAAGUUGAUGAAGCUAUGCAGAGCUCAGAAGGAACCUCUGAACAAAAACCCAAAGGGACCUAUCAGUCGAAAGUAUCUGAUAGCAGUGGGAAUGGCUUGCAAAGUGCUGGAGCAAGUAACUGCACUGAAGAGAGCCUCUCUGAGACAAGCAGGCAGGCUUCAUUUUGUAACAGUAUGGAGGAAAAUGGCUCUGUGGAACCUUUGGAUGAUAGCAUGGAGGAAAAUAUUUCCUCAGCUAGCUUGCAGCUAUCCAGUGAUACUGUAGAAGAAACCACUUCAGUUAGCUUAGACACUUCAUCAGAGGAUAAUCAUCCCAUAGAUGACGUUCAGGCUUCUGUUAAAAACACAGAAAUCUUGUGUGAAUGAUAUGCAAGUCUCAGUAUCAAAAUAAUUUACUUCCUGUAGUAUGUAAUACUCAGUGGAUUGUUGAUACGUUACACAAGUUAGCCAAACUCUUUAGCACAAAUUCCUGAAACAUGGUUUUUUCUCCUUAAGAACCAGAGAAGUAACUCUGUAUACAGGUUUGACAAGUCAGAAUGCAAAUAAGAGUGUCUGGCACAAACUGUCCUGUUAAACUGGUAUGAGGGUACUGUCCAGAGCAAUUGCAGUCUUUUGGAAGCACUGUUCAAAACCAGUGGUGCUAAAACUUGAUUUCAAUAGGACAAAAUUCAUCUUAUGUACCUGUAGUCAAACUUUGUGUGUUCUGCUCUACUAGUAUAAAACCUCAGCUACAUAAUGUCCAGAUGUGACACUGUGGCUUCAUAAAACAGGAUGUAAGUAGCUUGAUUACAGAAGACUCUGCAUUUAAGGUAACUUUUCAAAUAGUUUUGACAACUCUUAAUGUCGUCAAAUGAUGAUUUUCAGCUUCAAUUGAAAAAAAAAAUUUUUUUGUCUCUACGUAAGCUGGGUCACAUAACUAGUAGUGAAAAUACAAGAUUCACUUGUGUUCUUACCCAAACCUACUUAUUUUGCCUUCAACCUUAACUUGGGCAGGGGGUGGGGAGAGACUAUCUAUGCUCCCCUUCUAAAAUAGUGCACAGCGUAUAUUCAUCUUGUUCUACCUGUAAAAUAGACUGUUAAUAUGUUUACAUAUUUGUACAGGGGGUGCUGAUUUGUAAAGGGCCCUGGUCUGAACUGUGUAAAGUAAAUGAUAGUGGUUUUACAGAACCAAAAAAGCAACAAGGUAUUAAAUCGCCUUACUACUGAA